UUUCUAGUCCGCGACGUUAGGCAUCGGCACGAUGUCCUUCGGCCUGGACACCCAGCAGGCGAUGCACGUGGUGGUGACGCUGGGCAGCUUCGGACUCGUCGGAAUCGCACUCCUCGGUGUAAGAGAGACCACACGGCAGCUAGACAGAGGCAUGUGCCUGCAGCGUGUUUCUGUGUUGUGUUGUGUUAAUGCGAUGGCAGCAGUACUUUGACGAUGAGGAAGACGACAAGGACGAGUGAAGGAAAGCCGCAGUCAAUGAUGAGUGAAUGAAUGAAAUAUAGUUAGUCAAUAAGCUUACGUACAGACUCGACCGCUGCGUGUAUGUCGAUCAGACAGACCAUCCGGCCGUUGACACUCACUGUCUGCCUUUUCAGAACACAAGCCAACGACACCACUUAACUUUGCAAUGAUGCGGUUGACUGUCACAGUGAGUCUGCUCGUGUGCUGCUGGCUGUCGGCUGCCGCCGUCGGAUCAGUUGAUCAAGAGACCGACUUCAUCAAGAGACCUCGCCUCGACGACCGGACCUACCGCGUCUUCACUCUGGCCAACGGCAUUCGGGCGGUGGCGGUGAACGACCCAUCAGCGACUCGAGCGGCCUACGCGUGUGCGGUCAAUGUCGGCAGCCAUGACGACGGAGACAUUGAUGGGCUCGCACAUUUCAGCGAGCACAUGGCCUUUUUGGGGUCAGCGGCUUACCCAAAGCCGUCGGAAUACGACGAGUUCCUCACACGCGCUGGCGGCCAGGGAAACGCCUUCACAGACAAAGAGAAGAACGGAUACUCAUAUCCACGGCUGGAUGGACACACAGAGACAUGCAUGUCCCCUUCUGUGUCUCUCUCUGCCAACAAACGUGCAGGACGGUGUUUUUCGCCCAGUUGGACGCGGCUGCCUUUCCCGAGGGCUUGCAGCGCUUCGCGGGCUUCUUCGCGUCGCCUCUGCUCGACGCGCGCGAGGCACACAGCGAGGUGCAGGCAGUCGACAGCGAGCACAAGAAGAACAUGCCGUCGGUCGACGCACAAGUGGAGUACCUGCUGAUGUCACUCGCGAGUGGGCCACUGGGACAUUUCGCCACGGGCUCGGUCGACACACUCGAGACGGAGCCAGCACAACAGGGCGUCGACAUGGGCAACGCACUCAAACGAUUGUAG